ACAGACGUCCACAAAAUGCCUUAUUUUACAAGACUCAUUUUGUUCUUGUUUUGCUUGAUGGUUCUCGUGGAGAGCAGAAAGCCCAAGAGGAAGCGAUGGACAGGGCAGGUGGAAAUGCCCAAGCCAAGUCACUUAUAUAAGAAGAACCUUGAUGUGACCAAGAUCCGGAAGGGAAAGCCUCAGCAGCUUCUCAGAGUGGACGAGCACGACUUCAGCAUGAGGCCCGCCUUUGGAGGCCCUGCCAUCCCGGUGGGCGUGGACGUGCAGGUGGAGAGCCUGGACAGCAUCUCCGAGGUGGACAUGGACUUCACUAUGACCCUGUACCUGCGGCAUUACUGGAAGGAUGAGAGGCUAGCUUUCUCCAGUGCCAGCAACAAGAGCAUGACCUUCGAUGGCCGGCUGGUGAAGAAGAUCUGGGUCCCUGAUGUUUUCUUUGUUCACUCCAAAAGAUCGUUCACUCAUGACACCACCACUGACAACAUCAUGCUGAGGGUGUUCCCAGAUGGACACGUGCUGUACAGCAUGAGGAUUACGGUCACUGCCAUGUGCAACAUGGACUUCAGCCACUUUCCCCUGGACUCCCAGACCUGUUCUUUGGAGCUGGAGAGCUAUGCCUAUACAGAUGAAGAUCUGAUGCUGUACUGGAAGAAUGGGGAUGAAUCCCUAAAGACAGAUGAGAAGAUCUCCUUGUCUCAGUUUCUGAUUCAGAAAUUUCACACAACUUCCAGACUGGCCUUCUACAGCAGCACUGGCUGGUACAACCGUCUGUACAUUAACUUCACGUUGCGUCGCCACAUCUUCUUCUUCUUGCUGCAAACAUAUUUCCCUGCCACUCUGAUGGUCAUGCUGUCCUGGGUGUCCUUCUGGAUUGACCGCAGAGCUGUGCCCGCCAGAGUUUCACUGGGUAUCACGACAGUGCUGACCAUGUCCACCAUCAUCACGGGCGUGAACGCCUCCAUGCCGCGCGUCUCCUACGUCAAGGCCGUGGACAUCUACCUCUGGGUCAGCUUUGUGUUCGUGUUCCUCUCGGUGCUGGAGUACGCGGCUGUCAACUACCUGACCACCGUGCAGGAGCGCAAGGAACGGAAACUGCCGGAGAAGUUCCCGUGCAUGUGUGGAAUGCUUCAUUCAAAAACCAUGAUGCUGGAUGGAAGCUACAGUGAGUCUGAGGCCAACAGCCUGGCUGGGUACCCCAGAAGUCAUAUCCUGACGGAAGAAGAAAGGCAAGACAAAAUAGUGGUCCACCUGGGCCUGAGUGGUGAAGCCAACGCUGCCAGAAAGAAGGGGCUUCUGAAGGGCCAGAUGGGUUUUCGUAUCUUCCAGAAUACCCAUGCCAUUGACAAAUACUCUAGGUUGAUAUUCCCUGCCUCCUACAUAUUUUUCAACUUAAUUUAUUGGUCAGUGUUUUCCUAGGGGCUCCAAGGCUGUUCCUAGAAGAGGGCAUAGACAUCGAGGGGGCCUGGCCAGUCAUUGACAGAUGGACUUGUCGACCACACGCCCCUCACCAGACAAUGCAGCAGCUACUAGACCACCCUGAGCAGCACUCAUCUCUCAGAGAAGCCCAGAAGCCUUCCAGCUGCCCUGACCCCAGACCUCGUGGGGCUGCUCCAGGUUCAUGCUAUGUCUCGCAUCACACUUCACGUCUCUCUGGGACCUUCUGUUCUUGUGUGUGAACUAGUUCACAAGAACUCCCCUCCUAUAAA